GUUAUCACGAUGUGUUGGUAGUGUGGUCAGCCUAGCCUGAAGUAUGUCGGAGUAUUCCAAGGUGAAAGUGGGAAAGCUGAAACUGAAAGGAGAAAAAGAGAAGAAACACAAGAAGAAGUCCAGCAAAAGGAAGCAUGAAGAUCAUGAAUUGGAUGCUGCUGUUGCUAAGACUGAUUCAGCCAUGCAUGGUGACUGGUGGACCACGAGUAAAGUUUCGGAGAUCCGUGGCAGCAUUGCUAUAGAGCUUGGAGACAGGACAUAUAUCAAGGCUCUAGACAAUGGUCUCUUCACAGUGGGAGCACCACAUGCAGAAGGCGAGGGCCCUGACCCUGAGGAGGUGCUUAUGGCUGUGCCGGUGGGCGACACGCGUGUGGCGUUCAAGUCGGGCUACGGCAAGUACGUGGGCGUGGAUGCUAAGGACCGGAUGGUGGGUCGCGCCGACGCCAUCGGCCCCAUGGAGCAGUGGGAGCCGGUCUUCCAGGACGGAAAGACCGCGCUGCAGGGCGGCAACAGCCGCUUCGUCUCGGCCGACAACGAGGACUCGGUGCUCGUGCGCGCUAGGACGGCCGGACAGCCGGAAAUGGUCAACAUCCGGUCACACUCGGAGCGCGCGCAGGCGAGCGGCACCACGGCGCAGGAGGACGAAGGCAAUCUCAACAAGGUGGAGAUCAACUACGUGAAGCAGUUCCAAAAGUUCCAGGACAAGCGGCUGCGGCUACAUGAGGGCGGCGCGGAGGAGCUGCGCGUGGCGCGGGACCAGGGCCGCCUACACGAGUCGCUGCUGGACCGGCGCGCCAAGAUGAAGGCCGACCGUUACUGCAAGUGA